AUGGCUCGCAGCGGCCUCCCCGGCCUCGCCGCCCUCCUCCUCUUCACCCUCCUCGCGCCUCUCGCCGCCGCCCAGCUCCAGAUCUACACGGGCUCUGACAAGUACCAGUAUCAGGGAUGCUUCAAUGAGACCAACGACAUCGCCAACACGGCCCACGAACGCGCCCUGUCGGGCGGCGCCUCCCGCGUCCUCCAGGGCAACAUGACGGUGCCGUUGUGCCUCAGCUUUUGCAGCAGCGGCGCCGACAAGGAAUACACCUAUGCUGGCCUCGAGUACUCACGCGAAUGCUGGUGUGCCCAGAGGAUCUCGGGCCUCUCGGUCAAGUUCGACGAGAGCGAGUGCAACCUGCCCUGCGACGGCAACCAGGGCAUGGUCUGCGGCGGCGCGCUGAAGCUGAGCGUGUACAAGCUCAAUGCCGGCGUUCGGCUGGCGACCGCCUCGAUGUCCUGGGCCGCCUUGUCAGUGGCGGCGUUGGCGACGUAUGUGAUGUUGCUGUGA